AUCGCGGGUUACAUACAUAUGAUAUGAUGUCGAGGUUUUCCCGUCUUUCGAGUCAUCUUGGAGUCGGAGUCAUCGUUCUGUAGGGUUUUCGACUGCGAGCACACGAAGGUUUCUUUCGUAACUCCAAUUUACGAUUAUUUUAUUCUUACUGUAUGUGCCUCUGUUUGUGAAAGAACAUGUACUCCGGUAGAGGUAGCAAUGCGUACGGGCAGCAAUCAUACGCCGGCCAAUCCGCAUACGGCGCAAAUUUGGGACCUGCUUAUUCCACCAGUUCUCUAGGAGGCCCUGAUGGGAGCUCUCAGGCUGCUCGGCAUUCAUCAAUGUUAGGCGGUUCUCUGGAAGCUGAUGUUGGUGGGUAUAGAACUCAUCCUCCAGCUGCAGCUCACUAUGGGGGACAGUAUAGCUCUGUGUAUGGAUUGGCUGUUUUGAGUAGUGCUCAACAGGUUCCUGCAUUGAAUGCAAAAGGUGCUGGACCAUCAGCUUUGGAGGGUCGUGGUAGCUAUGCAUCGGCAAUAACCGGUUCACCUAAAUUUGUGUCAAGUGACUAUGUGCAAUCCUCGGGCCAUGGUUAUGGUCACAAGGGUGAUCAGUUGUAUGCAGACAAGAUUCCAGAUUAUCCUGUACCAGAUAGACAUCAAUAUGGUGAACGACAUAGUGCUUAUAUAGGAAAGGACUUACAAAGUGAACAAACUGGACGAUAUGCUGAUUCUAUUGGCUUUAGUAAUCAAAAUCAGAAUGACAUGUACGAUCGCAUUGAUAAGGCAUUGCUUCGACAAGAGCAAUUGUUAAAAUCUCAAUCACUGCAAUCUGCUUCUCUGGAUGGGAGUGCCAGACAAGCAGAUUAUCUUGCAGCAAGGGUUACUACCAGCCGUCAUCCCACCCAAGAUGCUAUCUCUUAUGGAGGAAGAAUGGAUGCUGAUCCUCGCACUUUAUCGAUGCUUAGUGCUUCUUCUUAUAGUGGACAACGAGCUCCAUCAAUAGUAGGCGAAGCUUCACUUAGAAAUAUGGAUGAUCUCGUGUAUGCACAAAGUUCUUCGAAUCCUGGGUAUGGAGUGAGCCUACCUCCCGGUAGGGACUAUGCCAUUGGAAAGGGGCUUCAUGGCGCAUCUGCCGAAUUGGAUUAUCCAAGCAGCACAUUGUCACGGAGUCGUCAAAUAAGGAUUGAAGAUCACAAGGAUGACAAGGCUCGUUAUCUUCGAGAGUUUGAGCUAAGGGAGGAGGAGCGGCGUAGGGAGCGUUUGCGUGUGCGAGAGAGAGACAGACAAAGGGAGAGGGAACUUGAGCGGGAACGUGAACGAGGACAAGAAAGAGUUCGUGAAAGACAACGUAUCUUGGAACGACGGGAAGAGGAGGGAGAGCGAGGGCGCAAACGUGGACUUGAAACCAGGCGUGAUCGCAUUCCCCCAAGAAAAUCUAGGGACCGACAUGAUUCAUCUGUGGCAAAGGAGGCAAAAUCUUUGCGACAAGAUUCCCGACAUCACGAUACUUUCAAUAGGCAUCAUUCACCGGUUAAAGAAAAAAGGAGAGAAUAUAUUUGCAAGGUUUACUCAUCCAGUUUGGUUGAUGUGGAGAGGGAUUUUUUAUCAAUCGAUAAGAGAUAUCCUAGACUCUUUGUGUCUGCAGAAUUUUCCAAGGCUGUUGUGAACUGGCCAAAGGAGAACCUUAAACUUCCCAUCCACACACCUGUCAGUUUUGAGCAUGAUGUUUUGGAAGAAGAGAGGGCAAAAGGACUGAAGGUGUCAUCUGCUGAGCUUUUGGUUGAAGAACCUGCUAAAUCUGGAAGUACAGUGUGGAAUGCGAAGAUGAUUUUGAUGAGUGGACUUAGCAAGAAUGCUAUGGAGGAGCUGUCAUCUGAAAAAAGUUCUGAUGAUCGCAUACCCCACAUUUGCAAUAUCAUCAGGUUUGGUGUGCUUAGAAGGGACCAGUCUUGGAUGGCAAUUGGUGGUCCAUGGGAUUCUGUUGACGGUAGUGACCCAUCAGUUGAUGACACCUCUUUAAUUCGAACAGUCCUUAGAUAUGCAAAAAAUAUUACUCAACUUGAUUUGCAGAACUGCUGCAAUUGGAAUCGGUUUCUUGAGAUACACUAUGACAGAGUUGGAAAGGAUGGACUGUUUAGCCACAAGGAAGUUACUGUACUGUUUGUUCCAGAUUUGUCUGAAUGUCUCCCUUCAUUGGAAGCAUGGAGAGACCAAUGGUUUGCUCACAAGAAGGAUGUUGCAGAGAGAGAGCGGCAAGUUGCUUUGAAAAAAGAGUGGUCUAGGGAGAAGAAAGAUGGGCUCAAAGAUAAGCAAAAGGACUCCACAAAAGAUGUAAAACAGGUAGACAAAUCGGGCAAAGAGAAAGAGUCUGCACCCUCGGGACAAUCAGAAGAUGUUAACAAAAAGGAGAAAGAUGUCAAUGAUGUGAAAGCAAUAACAGCUGAAGAAAAGGCUGAUGGAAAUGACAAGAGACUUGAGAAAAAAGGUGGGGCUGAAACAGGUGAGGAAAACAAGACUGUGGUAAAGAAUGAACGGGGCAAAUCUGUUGGUGCUCAGAAAAGUGGCAGUGUGAAAUCUGGGAAGAAGAAGAUUAUAAAGAAGAUUGUCAAACAGAAGGUUGUUGAUAAGACAGCUGGUAACAGUGCCAGCAAUCAAAAUGACAAGCUGGAUGAGAAGGAAAAUGGAAAGAACACAAACUCUGAGAUUCCUGAUCUACAGGAUGCAAACUCUGGGGCUAAAACUUUUGUUAAAAAGAAGGUGAUGAGAAAGAUUCCAGUGGGAAAAACAGCACAGAAUGAAGAUAUGCAAGAUAAACAAAAUGAUAAUUUAGAUCCGAGCCGUGCUGCAGUUGUGGAAGGUACCAGUGUAAAAAAAACUGUGAAGAGAAAAAUAAUUAAGAGGGUGGCUAAAAGAAAGGUUUCUGUUUUGCAAUCCAGUGACGCAGUUGCUGACAAUAAGAAAGAUGCUGGCGGAGAUGAGAUAAAGGUAGUUUGUGUAGUAGAUGAAACAGAAAUUAUGGAGGGGCAAGCUGCUAAUACAGAAAACCAGGUCAGUGAGAUCAAAAGAUCUGGAAAGAAAACGGUUAAGCAGAAUAAUGAUGUGGUUGAUUCAAGCAAAACAGAAAUAAAUGCCAACAAAGAUGGAAAAAGAGCAGGUGAGAAAAGUGAACAGGGGGCUAAACUGGAGACUGAGGCUGACGAGCCGAAAGCUUCACAGAAUGCUAACCAUAGUGGCAAGGGGGGAAAAUCAAAAGAUGGAGAAGAAUCCAAAGAUGGGCAAGAGAAAAAAGACAAUGAUGGAAAAGAUUUGUCUAGAAGCAAAUCAAAUAAAGAAUUGAAAGACAAGAGGAAGCCUGAAGAACCUCCUCGACACCCUGGAUUGAUUUUACAGACAAAACGGAGCAAGGAUUCCAAACUUCGUUCAGUUUCACUUUCACUGGAUUCACUCUUGGAUUACACUGACAAGGACAUUGAUGAAGCAUCAUUUGAGUUGUCUUUAUUUGCUGAAUCGUUGUAUGAAAUGCUUCAGUAUCAGAUGGGUUGUCAGCUUCUAACAUUUCUCGAGAAACUACGUGUAAAAUUCCUAAGAAAAAGAAAUCAACGUAAGAGGCAACAGAAUGAAGUUCAUGAGAUGGAAAGGGACAAAAAAUCACCCGCAAAGCGAUUGAAGACUAAUGAGCACCCUGUGAAAGACCUAUUUAUUAAGCCUGAAAUAUCUAGUCCAGCUGAUAUAGAUGAUGACAAAACUAAGGCCGAGGAGGAUGAGUCUGUUGAUCUUGUUUAUGAGCUGAAGAUGGAAGAUGAAACAGAUGGUGAUGAAGAUCCAGAGGAAGAUCCUGAAGAAUAUGAAGAAACAGAAGAGUCAAGUAUGCAACGUGACUCAUAUAAUGCAAAUAAAAAAGAAGAGGGAAAGACUGAUGUGAAUGCUGAGCCUGAAAAGGUGUCAGGAAUAGAAAAAGAUGAAGCAGAGGAAUCUUUUAAGGUGAAACCGAAAGCUGCAGAGACUAAUCCCAAGUCUGACGAGGAAAUGUGUAAAAAGAGAGAGGCAACAGUGGAUACGGGAGAGAGAGGAGAAACUUCUGCCGUCAAGGAGGUUUCUGUUGACAAAGAACUAUUGCAGGCUUUUAGAUUUUUCGACCGGAAUCGAGUUGGCUACAUUAGGGUUGAAGAUAUGAGAUUGAUCAUCCACAACUUGGGGAAGUUCCUUUCGCACAGGGAUGUCAAGGAGCUUGUGCAAAGUGCAUUGUUAGAGAGCAACACUGCUAGGGAUGACCGCAUUCUCUACAAUAAGCUAGUUCGGAUGUCUGGCAUUUGAGAUUUUGGAAAGGUCUUUGAAUUCUCUUCAUAUUUCUUGAAAACGAACUUGCCUUCUUAUGGCUUUUGAAAGGGAAUAUAAUCAUUUACUAUACUAGAUUUCGUAGAGUUGAUUAUGUGAAGUGCAAGGCAGUUGUGGGUUUCUAUUACA